AUGGCCUUCAAUUCCACUGCCCCUUGGGCAGAUACCUCCGAUAACGCGUUCGGACCCGUUAGCUGCCUGAGAGCAUUCGACUUUACGAUCACCUUUGAGCAGGCUAUACUGUCAAUAAUCCCCUCGACGAUUCUGCUACUGGCUGGAUCACUCCGACUACUCCAUCUCUCUCAUUGUCAACGAAAGACGCGAUCCAAACACGACUAUGUUUUGAAGCUGGUUGCAGCUUCAAUAAAUUUCUCCCUUCAACUAUCCCUCCUGGUGCUCUGGAGUGUAUCGGUUGCUUCACGGACAUCGACCAGCAUCCCCUCUGCUGUCCUGGGCCUCGCAAGUUCUGCCAUUAUCAUUGGGUUGUCUUAUGUCGAAGACACUAGAUCAACGAGGCCUUCUUCUCUGUUGACUAUUUACCUGCUUCUCUCGAUUUUGUUUGACGCGAUACAGAUCCGGACUUUUUGGCUCACACAUCGAGUCGCCAUUGCGGCUGUGCAGAGCGCGGUAUUUGGGACUAAAAUCGCCAUGUUCUUGUUGGAGAACCGAGAAAAAACGUCUUAUCUGAAGUCCCCCUACAAAAAGUAUCCACCCGAAGCAACCUGUGGCAUUGUUAAUCUGAGCUUUGUCUGGUGGCUGAAUCGACUCUUCUUGGCUGGGUGUCGGAAGAUCAUUGGGAGUCGUGACCUUUUCGCUCUUGAGCCUGGCCUUAGCUCCGGUAGCACGGGCGAAAGAUUGAAAAAAGCGUGGGAGAAGCAUGGUAAAACAGAUAACAUGCUCUCCUUGCCUUGGGCCUUUCUCUGCUGUUUCUGGCGGGAAUUCCUCGCCGUAACCUUGCCUCGUGUGUGUAUGAUUGGGUUCAAUUUUGCCCAACCAUUCAUGAUCACGGCGGUUUUGGUUUAUGUAGAGGACCCGAUCACGCCGGAGGGCAGGUAUCGUGGAUAUGGUCUUAUCGGAGCCGCUUUCUUGAUUUACUUUGGAUUAGCGCUGUCUAAUGUGCACUACCGACAUCGCUUGUCCAGAGUGAGUACUUUGUUCCGUGGCACGAUGAUCUCAUUGAUCCACGACAGGACCCUGAGACUCCAAGACGACCUUUUUGGGGAGAGCGCAGCUCUUACGCUGAUGAGUACAGACGUUGAUGGCAUUAUUGAGCAUCUGGAAAAUUUCAAUGACGUGUGGGCUCGCACAAUUGAAGUGGCAAUUGGUACAUGGCUACUUGAAAGAGAAGUGGGACCAACUUGCGUGGUUCCAUUACUUCUGACUUUAGCAUGCCUGGGUGGUCAGAAGCUAGUGGCGAAGACAAUCGGAGAGAAUCAGCAAAAUUGGAAUCUUGAAAUCCAGAAGCGGAUUCAAAAUACAUCCUCCGUACUGGGCUCUAUCAAAGCUACUAAGAUUUCAGGACUUUCUGGCAAACUAUCUCAGGCCCUGCAGGGGCACCGCGAACGAGAACUGUUUGUAUCUGGCGCUUUCUUCAAGGGAAUCAUGUGGUUGAAUGGUCUAGCAAGUGUUCCUCGGAUAUGGUCGCCUGUUAUUACCUUCAUUGUGUACGCUGUACAGGCACAAAUCAGGGCGGACGACUCCCUCACUACCGUGAAAGCCUUCACUGCUCUGAGUAUUAUCACCCUCGUCACUACGCCCACGGAAAGACUACUCGCUGUCUUGCCCCAGCUAGCGGCUGCCAUGGGAUGCUUUCAGCGGAUCCACGGAUACAUGGUAUCUGAACCAGUGAAAGAUAACCGAAUUGACAACACAAAUCUUUCGUUUACUUCUAACAAGACCGAGUCGGAUCUUGCCAUUGCCUUGGAUAGCGUCACUGUCUUGCCUUCGCAAAAAGCUACAUGUCCCGCCCUUAACGACGUUUCUUUCAAGGUCGCCAGCGGCAGCCUGGUGAUUAUUAUUGGGCCUGUUGGCUCUGGUAAAACUACAUUGCUGAAAGCCAUCCUAGAGGAGCUUGGAUGUCUGUCGGGUUCCGUGUCUAUCAGACCAAGCAAAGUGUCCUAUUGCAGCCAGAACCCAUGGUUACUCAAUACAACAAUUAAGAGAAGCAUUACUGGUAUCUCGGACCACGAGGUCGACGAGAUGUGUCGCCAUGAUAUAGCCUUGCUCGACGAUAUCAUGAGUGCGUUAGAUGCCCAAACGCAAGAAAUGAUCAUUCAACGACUUCUCUCUCGUGGUGGAAUAUUCCGCCAGCUGGGAACAACUGUGGUUUUGACCACCCACAACUCUCGAUACCUUGGAAUUGCAGAUAGUGUUGUCUCGCUCAACUCAGAUGGUCGAGUUGACCUCCAAACAACAGGCAUUGAGGCCAUUCACAAUACAAAUUUCUGGCACGCUAGACUAUGCUCCGACCCGCAAAUCCGGGAUGACAAUGACAAGCCCAACGAUCAUUCAAGCAGAAUGGCUUCGAACUCUGACCCCAUAAACGACAUCGAAAAUAUGGAUCGGACUCGGCAGAUCGGAGAUCUAUCAGUAUAUUAUUACUACGCACGAAAAGUCGGUCCAGUUCUUUGCGCCGUGUUCCUUAUUGGGCAUGCCUUCUUAGCAUUUGCCGAGAACUUUCCGCAAGUGUGGUUAAGCAAAUGGACCACGGCAGGAGACGGACAGCUUCCUCUCUAUGUAUCCGUCGUCUUCCUUAAGCUGAUGCCAAAGUCGGCCAUUCGUUUGCACUGGUUGCUUUUGGAUACGACUAUGCAGGCACCGCUAUCCUUCUUCUCCGCCACUGAUAAUGGUGUGACCCUGAAUCGCUUCAGUCAAGAUAUGACCCUGAUAGACCUGGCCCUUCCCAUUGCGCUGAUGUCUUCCGCCGAGGCGUUUUUUGGAUGCAUUGCCACCAUUGGGCUGAUCGCUAUGGGUUCAGCGUUCAUGGCGACGACAAUACCGGCCACACUGAUCGUGCUCUAUUUCUUGCAAAAUAUUUAUCUCAAGACGAGUCGCCAACUGCGAUAUCUAGAUCUGGAGUCUAAAAGCCCGUUGUAUUCUCACUUUGCCGAGGUUCUCGAAGGUCUGCCGACAAUUCGGGCCUUUGGUUGGCAAGACGACUUAUCAAGAAUCCUGACUCAGCAUCUUGAUCGGUCUCAAACACCGUACUACAUGCUACUUUGCGCGCAGAGGUGGUUGAGCCUGGUAUUGGAUAUCGUGGUGAUGGCAUUGGCAACCGUUGUGGUAACACUAGCCGUCAUGCUGCGUAGCAGCACAAGUUCCAGCCUCCUCGGCGUCGCUUUGAAUAAUAUCCUUGGAUUCAAUCAACUACUGUCAUAUCUUAUCACAUCAUGGACUACUCUCGAGACGUCACUCGGAGCGAUAGCCCGGGUCAAGUCAUUUGUGGAGACAACGCCUUGUGAAAAUCAACCCGGUACAGCCACAGAGCUGCCUGCAUCGUGGCCCGAUAAGGGGGAGAUCGACAUACAGGAUCUUUCUCUCCGCUAUCCUGACGGAACCCUAGCUUUGGAUAGCAUCUCCAUGCACAUAAGACCGGGUGAAAAGAUCGGCAUCUGCGGCCGCACUGGCAGCGGCAAAAGCUCCAUCACGCUAGCCAUGUUGCGCCUCGUAGACCUUUCGCAUGGCAGUAUCACAAUUGACCAGACUGACAUUUCCAAGGUCGCCCCUGAAUCAAUCCGCGAGAGGCUGAUAGUCGUGCCGCAGGAUCCGUUCACGCUUUUGGGAACUAUCCGCUAUAACGCCGAUAUAAUGGGCCUAUCCAGAGACAGCGAAAUUGCGUCUGUGCUGAAGGACUUUGGCGUCUGGGCGGCGAUUGAAAGCCGUGGGGGCCUGGACGCACUUCUUGAGGACCAUCCACUGUCGCAAGGAGAGCAGCAACUCUUCUGUCUGGCACGGGCAAUUCUUAAAAAACAAACGAGUAACGGUGGAUGCCAGGUGCUCAUUUUGGAUGAAGCCACGAGCAGUCUUGAUGCACAAACAGACCAGCGAGUGCAAAAAGCCAUGAGAGACGCUUUCCAUGACUGUACUGUUUUCAGUGUCGCGCAUAGACUUGACACGAUCAUAAAUUUCGAUCGAAUUGCUGUGUUGGAUUCUGGAUGUCUUGUUGAGUUUGAUACUCCGCAAAAUCUUCUUGCCAGAGAUGGAUUAUUCAAGCAGAUGUACUCCGGUACAGAUAAACAUGAGCUUUAG